AUGAAAAGAAACAGCAAAAUAUAUUUCUUUGUUGCUUCAUUUAUUAGCUCUCUAUAUAUUUUAUUUGUAACAUUCCAAGUUAGCAAUUAUGUUUUAAUGCCAAAAAUGGGGGCAAAUGAAGAUUUAAAUAUCACUACUGGACAAUUAAUUGACGAGAUGGUUUCGUUUUUUACUCAUUGUUUUUGUCUUGUUUUCAUUGAUUUUGCCUUCAUUUCGUUGACUUUUGGCUGUUAUGUUUUUAUUAUUGCCAAAUUGUUUGCUAUGCGCAAAGACGAACAAUGUGAAUAUUUUAAUUUAAUAUUUAAAAUUAUGAUAGCAACCCGACCCUCCGGGCCCGUAGAAUAA